AUGGAAGCAAGAAACCUGCGAUGGCGGAACCUGUUGCGCCUGAUGGUGGCCGUGACAGUCUUGGUGGCCACUUUGCCUUUUCUGCUCUUCUACGCAGGCCAUCAUGCCCCGACCUGGCGAGGGGCUGUUGCCGAGUCAAAGCCCGUAAACUGGGUCGUGGUCGUCGCCGAGCAGUUCGACGCAGAGCCUUGGAACCGCGGUUUUACCUUCAAUGCUGGCCUCGUGGCUCUCCUUACCAACUUCUCAGGCAACAUCUCAGCCUACCGAAGCGUGGGCGACAACCGAUCGGGCUUCGACUGCAUCGUGAGCCAGGACAUUGACUAUCUGCCAGAUCCAGGUGUGGACUACGCAUCUUGCGAGGUUCCUACGCAGCUGAGCUCGGAGAUCGACCGCUACAACUGGAUGUCGCCUUCGCUCAACAACACUGGUGGGGUUAUCGGCAUGAGACUGGAGCACUGGCGCAAGAUCAACGGCUUCUCAAACAACUUUCAGGGAUGGGGUGCGGAGGAUGAUGAGCUGUUUCACCGCCUAAGACUAUCCAGCCUCCUGUACGGGGACUGCUAUCCCCAUUGCCACGAUCCCAUCAUCAGUCGCCUGAAAGAGCGUCACAAGAUUGGCCUGUCUAUCAAGAAGCCACCGCAUGGCUUUGGGAAAUUUCGCGGCCAGCACUUGCACAGCGCGAAUCACACCCGGCGCGUCGUGGACUUCCGGAAGUAUGCUCGCAACCUGCAGCUGGUAAAUGAGACGGCGCACGGGAGGCGCUGGGCUAUGGAAGGCCUCAACAGCCUACCACCUUUCCACCUUCUAGAAGUUGAGGAAGACCACAGCGACGCGCAGCGGGGCAUCACCUGCAUUCGUCUUCGGCUGAGGCGCGGCCCUGAAUUUUCCGCUCGCGAUGUACCGAUCGCCGUCCCACCUGGACUCUGUGGCGACGGCACGAGAGGUCUCCCACAGCGUUGGGCAUUGCACAGCCUGGGGUCCAAGAAUCGGUCCGAACACUUUCCCUGGGAUCUUCGAUCCCUUCGUGCGCGGGUGGCGCGACUCGUAGCUGCAGAUCCUGCGGACUGCCCGGAGGCUGCGGGGGCCAGCUUCCUGCUCCUCGAUCGCCGGUUCCAGCUCGCCAAAGUGUUUAAUGAGGAGGUGCCACACCUUCUGCAGAAGUUUCUUCGGUCAUUGACUUCGCCGCAAGAUGGGCUAGUCAUCGUCAAUCCCAAGCCGGCGCUCGCCAUCAUGAAAGCGUUUCAGGAUCGCGAAGCCUACCUGAGCGUCCCGUUGCUUUGGACCGUGUGCCAGAAGAGGUUGGACAAGCAUCUGAUGGACACAGUGCAUGUUGGCAUUGGCAGGGAGGCCUGUGGCGGUCCCUGGUCACCGAAACCAUCGCUGAAGGGGGAGUGGCUGACGUUUCGGACCCUUCCAGAAGCCUCUGAGGGUGCUAAGGCCAUUUACUUGUGUGAGAAUACUCGCAGCACACGUAUUGUGUUGUCAGAUGGCCCCAGCUGUCCCCAGGGUAGAGGCGGUUCGACGUGGCUACCGGUUGAAACCAUCUUCGUGCCGGAAGGAUCUGACUUCUGUGCCGGCCACCACCAGGUCAACCAAGAAGCUGCCCAGCUUGGCAUGUACGCCUACUCGCGCGUCCUCGACGCGCCCAACUGUUCCGGAGAUGGAUUUGUGCACGACUUCCAGUUUGGUGCGCUGGCGCCUCCGAAGCGUGUUCCGGCCUUGGACUCGGGCCGCUCGAGCCCCCAAGAACUGGCAGAGUCCUCCAUCAACCCACAGGCGCCACCGUUGUAUCAGCUGGUGCAGGAGGAUGAGCACUGUGAUGGCUUCCUCUGCCCUCACUUGCUGGACUUGAGCAGUUUCAAGUCGCAGUUCGCACUUGAUUGA